CCUUCACCACCACCCCUCUUCUUCUCCCCCAAACCCUAACUCCUGGAAAUCUGCCCCUUUUUUCAAGAAAUCUGAGAUCUCCAUUGCCAGAGGUCGGGAAUUUCCAUAGUUGUAAGCUUGUCUUGAAUAUGGUGGUGCAUCGUGGUAAUCCUUUUCGGAUGGAUAUCUCGAAACCAGAUAAUGAAAUGAUAAAUGGAGGGAAACAUGGCCUUAUCUCUUCCAUGGAGGAGAACUCUGAAGAUACCACUCCAUUUAGUUAUGGCUUCGGGGAAAAUAGACUUGUAAAUGAUGAAAAUUUCAUGAAGGAUGACCAGAAGGAAUCAAAAUGUUCUGUUCUUGCAGAUGAAUUUGAUACUGAAUGGAAUCCUUUUCUGGUUGAUAUGUUGAAUUUGGAUAAUGAGACUGCAACUACUGAAGGUAACAUAGAGAAUGGUCAUCACAUGGUUGAUGGUUUGGAAGCCAUAUGUUCUAUUCCUGCUUCAGAAAAUGUGUGUUGUAUUGCUUACCAGAAUAACCCUUUUCUGAUGGAUAUAUUGAAGUUGGAUAAUGAGAAUGUAAUUGAAGGAGAACAUACUCUUCCUCUGCCGACUGAGAAGAAAAUCUUCGAUGGUGAAGAACCCUGCAAAGAUUUUGAGCCAGCUCAGUCUAGUCUUGGGCAUGCAAAGGAUGAUGGAUUUGCAAAAGCUCCAUAUUCUGGUGUGCAUCAUGGUAAUCCUUUUUUGGAUGAUGUCCCUGAACUGGAUGAUGAGAAUGUAACUGGGGGACACAAUGGUUUUGCACUGCCUAUGGCAAAUGACAUCUUUGAAGAAGAAAUGCAACUGCCGGCUCAAUGUAUUUGUGAUCUAGGAGAAGAAAGUUUUAAAAGCAAUGAAAUUAACCUGAAGAAUAAUCAAACUGAAGAUGUGCACAUUGAAGUCCCAUGUUCUAUUGCUAGUCCUGAAUUUGAUACUGACUUUGAUCUUGACAAACUGGUUUCUGAAUCUGAAAUGGAUGUUUGCAAAACAGGUUCCUUUUCUGAUGAAAAGGUCAAUUCUCCUGAGAAAAUUGAAACAGAAAUUAAUGGACGAACGAGGAGUAUUUCUUCAGAACUCAACCAUUCUCAAGAAGAUAAUGAUAAUAUUGUGAUGGAGGGAGUAGCAACCGGCGGAAUUCCUAGUUCACCUGACAUAAGGGAAUCACCAGUAAAUGGGAAUUCUAUCUCUGUUUUUGACAAGGAUGCUGAGGAGAAAUUAUGUUCUGGGAGAUCUGAAGCAAAGGAAAUUCUGGAUUCCACUCACCAGGACAAGCAGGGGAGCUCUAUAUCAAUACUUGUCUUCGAUGUAACAGAGUCCAAACCAAAUCAUGGAUUGGGAGGAACUACUGCUGAUAACUCUGUGAAAAGUGAAGCCACUACGUUCAAUUUUGACUCUGCAGGAACAAACUCAAGUAACACAGAGGAAAACAAGGAAGACAAGGCUCACCAGUCAUGUAAAUCUGAUGUGUUAAAUCGAGGGAUUGAAGACACCGCAACUGAUGGAGCAACAGCUUCAAAUCAAAAUUCAGUUCUUCAUCCUAGCAGAGGAGAGUCAAGUUUUUCCGGACUUAGUUCUUUGCCUGGACCAAUAAUCGCAUCAGGACGGAUACCAUUUUCAGGUAGCAUAUCAUAUCGUUCAGACAGCAGUACGACCAGUGCGCGUUCCUUUGCAUUUCCCAUCUUGCCGACAGAGUGGAACAGUAGCCCAGUGAAAAUGGCGAAAGCUGACCAGAGGCAGUUAAGAAAACAGAGGUUCUGGAGAAUCUUGUUCUUUUGCUGUAGAUUUUGAAACAACAGUUCUUUUUUACUCAACUGCCUUAUCAGCUCCAUUUCAUCAUACAAGAUCAGCAUUGGGCAAUUUAUUAACUUCGCCAUCCAAAUCAUGUGUUCAGCAAAUAUUGUCUUGAGGAGUUGAUACCUUCUAUUUGAAACUGGUGUACAUAAUGAAAUAUGAGCAAUUUAGAGGUGAAUGAAAUCCUGUUUAGUUUCGUGA